GGUGAGGAGGAAGGGCUGGGACGGCGGCUGGUGGAGGAGAACAGGAAGUUGUGGGUGGUGGCGGGGCCGUCCAUCUGCACACGCUUCUCCACGUUCGGCCUCACCAUCAUCAGCCAAGCCUUCAUCGGCCACAUCGGACCCACAGAGCUCGCCGCCUACGCGCUCGUCUCCACCGUCCUCAUGCGCUUCAGCAUCGACUGUGGAUUGCAUAUGGGCAUGGCGAGCGCGCUUGAAACGUUAUGUGGUCAGUCGUACGGUGCCAAACAGUACCAUAUGCUAGGAAUCUACCUCCAACGCUCAUGGAUCAUCCUCUUCGCCUGCGCCGUCGCCAUGCUCUCCAUCUACCUCUUCACCUCCCCGCUCCUCGUCUUCCUCGGCCAGGACCCCGCCAUCUGCUCGGUCGCCGGCACCAUUGCCCUCUGGUACAUCCCCAUCAUGCUCUCCAGUGUCUGCUCCUACACGCUCCAGAUGUACCUGCAGGCGCAGAGCAAGAACGCCAUCAUCACCUACCUCGCCUUCCUCAACCUCGGCAUCCACCUUCUCCUCUCCUGGCUUGCCACGGCUAGGUUCGACCUCGGUCUGGCGGGGGUCAUGGGCUCCAAUAUCAUCGCCGUGUGGAUCCCUGUAUUUGGGCAGCUCGUCUUCGUCUUCUUCGGUGGAUGCCCUCAGACGUGGACAGGGUUCUCAUCGGCUGCAUUCGCCGAUCUCGGUGCCGUCUUUAAGCUCUCCAUGUCCUCUGGUGUGAUGCUUUGUUUGGAAAUGUGGUACAACACCAUAUUGGUCCUCCUGACUGGGAAUAUGAAGAAUGCACAGAUUGCACUCGACGCUCUUUCCAUAUGCCUUAACAUCAAUGGAUGGGAGCUGAUGAUUUCAGUAGGAUUUUUGGGUGCAACCGGAGUGCGAGUGGCAAAUGAGCUUGGUGCUGGAAGUGCGAGGAGGGCCAAGUUCGCCAUCGCCAAUGUGGUCGUCACUUCCUUCUUCAUCGGAUUUGUGUUGUUUGUAUUCUUCCUUUUCUUCCGCGGGAACAUCGCGUACAUGUUUACCGAGAGCCGAGCAGUAGCUAACGCGGUGGCCGACCUUUCGCCUCUCCUGGCAUUCUCUAUUCUGCUGAACAGUGUUCAACCAGUGCUACCAGGCGUUGCUGUUGGUGCGGGCUGGCAAAGUGUGGUCGCCUAUGUUAACAUCACAUCCUACUACAUGAUUGGCAUCCCACUUGGGGUAGUGCUUGGUUACAUUGUCAGAUUUCAAGUAAAGGGCAUUUGGAUUGGGAUGCUGGUAGGAACACUGGUUCAAACUGUUGUACUUGUGUACAUAACACUUGGGACUGACUGGCAAAAACAGGUAAAGAUUGCUCGUGAGAGGCUGAAGAGAUGGUACAUGGACGAGGACACAAGAUUGCAAGGUGCUCAGCUCAUCCCCGCCGAAUAUUUCGUUCAGGCGGGAUUUGGUUGGCGCCCGACUUAUGUCAUGGCAUAAUCUCUUAUCCCGUCUGGAUCGGAUUAACCUGACGCAAGGCCGUGAUGUGUUUCGCUGGAACCUUACUACAUCGGGGUCUUUCACGGUAGACUCUAUGUAUCGUGCGCUCAUGCAUUCUGAGGCACCGGAGAGCAAUAACAAGAAAAUCUGGAAGGCAAAGAUUCCACUAAAAGUUAAAAUAUUCAUGUGGUAUCUUUGUAGAGGUGUUGUGCUAACCAAAGACAACCUUGCACGACGCAACUGGCCAGGAAGUAAGAAGUGUUGUUUUUGUACUCAUAACGAGACAAUCAAACACCUCUUUUUUCAAUGCAAGUUUGCGCGUUCUACGUGGUCAGUCAUCCAAAUAGCGUCAAAUUUGUAUCCGCCCACAAGUGUUGCCAAUAUUUUUGGUCAUUGGUUGGACGGUAUUUCAAAUAGGUUCAAAACGCUAAUAAGGGUGGGAGCGUACGCCUUACUAUGGUCGCUUUGGCUAUGUAGAAAUGCUUUGGUUUUUAAUGACAAAAAUGC